UUCGCUGUGCGUUCCCCGUGCGUGAGGAAGUACCCAACUGCGGGUAUGUACUUGCCUUCCCACGUACCCUACCUGCGUUUCGGUACCUCCUCCUCCUCCUCCUCCUUGGGAUGCCGGGACGCGGGUGGAAGCUGGAAGCGUGGAUAGAGCGAGUUGGAAAGUCAGUCAUACCUACAUGCCCUUCGCAGGGAAAAGACCAGCGACAGGAUCGAGUGAUUAUGAGUAUACCCAAUCCCGUGCCGCUUCUCUUGCAGCCGUCCAGCUUUCCGUCUGCCGUCCUCCACUCUCUCUCCCUUGCCCUCCCCCCCUCUCCUCCUCCUCCCUCCCUCCCUCCCUCUCCCCUUGGCCUCUCGCGAGGAGGAGAGGAAGAAGAGAGAGACACAGGAGGAAAAGAGAGGGAGAGGAAAUAAGCGAGUGCUUUGGCGUCCGGCUGCUUCUCCUCGCUCUCACCAGUUCACCCUGCAUGCCGGCCUGCCAGCCUGCCAGCCUGCCAGCACAUCCAGCCCGGCGACAUCCCACACGCGUACAAACAGCUUUGGAGCUUGCCAGGGGCCGGUCUUGUCAUCCCAGGGACUUAUCGAAUGGCUCUCUGAAAAUCCUUUCGACCACGGCUUGCACCACCGUCUGCCCCGUCCAACCCCAUCGACCCCGUCCUACUGAGUAAAGCCUCCCUCCCCCCCCCCACACACGCACUGCUCGCUGCUACCUCACCACCGUCGACUGGCAUCCAAUUGCUUGGAAGCUCGCGGCCUGAGUCGCCUAGCGUAGAAGCGUCCGGGCCAACCCAAGGAUUAUUCGGCAACGUAGCCUGGCACG